GGAAGUCAUGAAUUACCUGUGAAAUGGCUACGGUAGGACAGAUCAAUAAACAAGAUGUUUGCACGUGUCCUAUUUGUUUAGAAACACUAAAGUCACCGAAAAGUUUACCAUGUUUACAUACCUUUUGUGAAACAUGCAUUGGUGAGUUUAUCUUAUCCACUGAACAACGCACAGAACAAAGACUUUCGAAUUAUCCUUGUCCCGUUUGUAGGACAGUUGUUACACCCACCAACCCAAAAGACGAAGCAUCGCAAUGGGCAGCAUCACUCCCAAAUAAUUUUACAAUUUCGUCAUUAAUGGAUAAUUCAAAGAGCGUCAAACAGGAAUGUCAUCUCUGUCAAAGGCGAGACAAAAUUUCCGAGGCAACACAAUGGUGUCGAGAUUGCUUCGAAGCGUUGUGUGAGGAAUGCUUGCAGCUUCACGGUCUUAUGAAACUGUUUGCUGAUCAUAAAAUUGUGCUCAUUGAAGAAAUUGAUACUUUUGUUUCCGUAGAGGAGCCUGAUUUAAGCAUGAUAUCCGAUUUGUGUCCAGUUCACACCUCAAAAGUUUUGGAAGCCUUCUGCUUUGACCAUCAAGAGCUUUGUUGUGUGUUUUGCCUAACUUUACAACAUAGAAAAUGUGAAAAAGUCCAAGUAAUUGAAGAUAUAAAUCACUCGAAAAAGGACAUGAUAAAAGCGCUUAUGUCUGAUGUAGUUGAUUUUAAAGUGAAAGUAGAAACAAUUAUAAAAGAAAAAAGAGUUGAAAAAGAAAAACUUGACGCUGCCUUCAUCGGAAUAGAGGAACAGGCCAAGAAAUUUAUUGAAUCACUAAAGGAUAAACUUGACAACUUAUUGAAUGUGUUUAUUAAGGAGCUGGACAUAACUCGAGAGGAUUCGGAACAUGCAUUUGAUAACAAACUGAAAUCGCUUCAAAAACUUUCAAAUUAUUUUGAUAAGCUACAGUGUACAACAAAAACAGUCCAGGAUCAUGGUACAUUAAACCACAUGUUUAUCCAUUACGAAACAUCAAAAACGAAAUUAAAGUCGGCCUUAACAGAAGCAAGUAUGAUUUUGAAUGUAAGUUCGAUUCGUACAGCUAGAUUAGAUAAAAGUAAAAAGCUGGAUCAAGUUCAAAGGGCAAAUGAUCUUGGUGUGCUUAAAUUAACAAGAACAAUUCCAAAAGAAAUGAACACAUAUAUAAAACAACUAUUUCCAACCAAUAGUUCUCUUCAUUCAAAAACACUUCCUUAUAGUAGUUUUGACAGUAUUAUUUUGAAACACAUUAAAACUAUAGAUAUAAAUGGUUUCGAUGUUUAUGGAGGCGUUUUCGUGUCAGAUAACGUAAUUGUUUUCGGUGGAAAGGCAGAUGAAUCGGCUGGAAAAGUAAAGGCUAUUGGUAUCUGGAACGAGAAAAUAAUUGACGAAUGUUCUUUAUCAACCAUUGUUAAACGACUAACUUUUGAUGUCGAAAGCAAGUCCCUGUUUAUUUCAUGCAGUGACUCAAAAAUACUUCGUUUAAAGUUUGCCUCACUGUUUAAUUCUAAAAUUACAAUUAAAGAUGGCAGUCAUUUCAACGGAGGUCUAUGCAUAUUGGAUAGAGCAUUAUAUGCUAUUGUCGAAACAACUAUAUCAAAACUAAGCUUAGAGAAUUUACAAAAGCCUUUAGAAGUUUGUUUUGCUACCAACACAUGUUGUUUAAAUAUCAACGGACUUGAAAUUGAUUCGAAAAACCAUCGUUUCCUUUACACUUCAGCGAAGUAUGAAGUUGUGUGCAUAUCGUUGGACGGAAAAGACAUUUUCAAAUAUAAAGAUGACUAUAUGAAGGAAACAAGAAGUUUAUCUGUUCAUCCAAAUGGAAUUAUAUGUGUAGGAGAUUUAUCUGGACAGAUUCAUCUAAUAUCAGAAGACGGACAAAAAAGACGAACCAUAUUGAAUAGCUGCCACAAACUGCAAGCUGUUCAUGAUUUAUGUUUUGACGAGUCCAGUUCUCGUAUGGCUGUUUUUGGACCUGGUUAUAUAGAGCUGUACGAUGUCUGCACAGGAAGUGGAUAACCAAUUUCGAGUUUGAUCAAGGAGACAUUCAUUAGAAAUACAAACGCUGUCGUUUCAGUUCUAUACGAAAUUUGACAAAAGUUGAAAACAUUUAAUCAGAAUAAAUGAAAACUUCUUUGGGAAGGUAUUAAAAGAAUUUAAAAAUAAUAAAAAUUGUUAGUUUAAUCUCGA